AGCCACUCUCCCGGGCGUAACAAGACGAUGGCGGCGCGUAUGAGCGAGAUCGGCAUGUCGGCCGUGCGGGCGAGCGAGAUCGGUAUGCGCCACAGCGCCGCCAAUCUACAAAUGAUGGUUGGGACUGUGGCCAACAAGGCGCAUGGCAUCGCUACCGUCCUGACGCGCAGCACCAGUCGCGGCCGGAAGCCGAAGCUCAAGACGAUCCCAACCACUCGAGCGGAGGACGAGCUCUCGCCCAUGUCACAGGUCGACGAGCAGCCGGAGCCCGAGGCCGAGGUGCCUGAAGCCGAGUCGGUUCCGGACAAGCAGCAGCAAGCGGAGGAGAAGGACUUGAUGGAGAAGGACUUGAUGGAGAAGGAUGAUAAGAAGGAGGAGGAGAACAAGGACGAACAGGAGCAGGAGCUGGAGAAGGAGCUGCCACCUUUGUUUCCGUGGGAAGUCCGCACCGACGACGGUGAGACGAGGGUGAACCUCGCAGUGAAGGAGAAAAUUUUGGAGCUCGCGAUUUAUCGACGGACGUUCGUCGAGCCUGCGGACGGUGAGGAAGAAUAUGUAUUCGAGUAUGCUAUGCUCAAGGACGUGGCGCGGGAGCUGCUGCUGAGCAACCCGAACUUGCGCGAGAAGAGAGAGACGCUGGUGGAGUCUGUGCCGGUUCCUGUGGUCACCGAGGAACUGUUCUGGCGCAACUAUUUCUUGCGUUGCAAUGCUGUUCGCAUGGCGGAAGGAUUGCCGUCUUACUUACCGGAGGUGGAAGCGACGCCCAUGCCAACUGGUCGAUUGGCCAGGCUUCGACGUGGUCUGUUUGGUGGCACCAAGAAGCGCUCUUCUGUCAACUCAGGCAAGUCGCGCCGUGGUUUCUUGGUGGGCGGUCGUUCUAGCUCAUCAGACAGCAGCAAGACGGCGCCGAGCGAAGAUGAUUUGAGCGACCUAGAGCUGGACGUGGACGGCGAGAUCGAGAAGGAGCUCGUUAGGCGCCGCCCCUCGCGAGCUGUUGAGCUGCAUCUUCGACCGGUGCCCCCGUCUCAGACUACCAAGGCUGAAAACGCAGCUACACUCAUUGCCGAUGAAGCUAACGACGCUGAAAAGCCAGAGAGCACUCCUACCAGCGAGACCAAGAGUAAAGAACCAGAGGACACUCCGGAUGCAAGCAGCCCCAGCAAGGCCAACAACGACCAAGAAGAGUUUGCCCCUAUCCUCGUGUAG